GCCCGCAGUGUGUGCGUGUAUAAUAGCUGCGAGGUGAGCGCUGGAGUCCAGGAGGAGCUGCGGCAAGGUCGACGGUAGCAUCUUGGUGUCAAAGUCACAAAGUCCGCGACGGAGCUCAGACCACCGCCAGGCUUUUAUCCAGUUGAGGACGCGAGAAGUGUGUGGAAGUGGAGCGGCUGUGGGCUGAUGUUGUGAGGCGGCUAACGAGCUAAUUCCGUCGCCUGUGUGAGGAGUUGGAGCCGCGCUCGACGCCGCGUUCCCUCCGCUGUUCCAGGAAGACACGCGCACGGACCGCCGCUCAGCUUCUGCCACGAACAAGUCGAAUUUCGCUCCGGGGUCCGCCUGUGCCAUGUCAGAGCCGUCCCCCGCGCCUUCCGCCCCAGCGGAGAACGCAGCGGCGGAGAGUGACUUUUUAGCCCCGGAUGCAGGGCCGAGGCUGCCCGGUCCGACGCCCAGCCAGAGCCGCUUCCAGGUGGACUUGGUGGCUGAGGCGGCGGGGGCCGGAGAAGACGAGUCUCCCAGCUCUGACGCCUCCAGCGACAAGGCCAACCCCGCCGCCCCGGCGGAGGGUCCCGGCGCGGAUCAGGGAGCCGCCGGCGGAGAGGAAGCUAAAGGCCGGUUUCGUGUGGUGAACUUCGCGGAUUCGAGCGGCGCGGGGAGAGCGGCCUCCCCGGAGGCGGCGCCGGCGGAGGGGCUGCAGAACGGGGACACAGUGAUGAGCGAGACCAGCCUGCAUUCAUCCACGGGCGGCCAACAUCACUACCACUACGACACCCACACCAACACCUAUUACCUGAGGACUUUCGGCCACAACACCAUCGAUGCGGUGCCGAACAUCAAUUUUUACCGGCAGACUUCGGCGCCGCUGGCGGAGAAGCUGACCAGACCCACCCUGUCGGAGCUGCACGAUGAGCUGGACAAGGAGCCAUUUGAAGAUGGGUUUGCUAACGGCGAUGAGCUGACCCCGACCGAGGAGGCUGCUACGAAGGAAGCCGAAUCGAAGGGCGUGGUCAAAUUUGGCUGGAUUAAAGGGGUCCUGGUCCGCUGUAUGUUGAACAUUUGGGGUGUGAUGCUGUUCAUCCGAAUGUCAUGGAUUGUGGGCCAAGCUGGAAUUGCGCUCGCCUGUUUGAUUGUAGUGAUGGCAACAGUUGUGACAACCGUCACUGGCCUCUCCACCUCUGCCAUCGCCACCAAUGGAUUUGUAAGAGGAGGUGGAGCGUAUUAUUUGAUAUCCAGAAGUUUGGGCCCAGAGUUUGGAGGUUCGAUUGGUCUCAUCUUUGCUUUUGCCAAUGCUGUGGCUGUAGCCAUGUACGUGGUGGGAUUUGCUGAAACUGUUGUGGAGCUUCUUUCUGCUGCAGAUGCUGUCAUGACCGACACAAUCAAUGAUAUCCGCAUCAUUGGCACCAUCACAGUCAUCAUUCUCUUGUGUAUCUCAGUGGCGGGAAUGGAGUGGGAGGCCAAGGCGCAGAUCUUCUUGCUCGUUGUCCUCGUCACAGCCAUCAUCAAUUACUUCAUCGGAACCUUCAUUCCAGUCAAAUCAAAGGAAGCAAUGGGCUUCUUUGGCUAUGAUGGUUCAAUCAUGUGGGAGAACAUGGGUCCGAACUUCCGAGGAGAAACAUUCUUCUCCGUAUUUGCCAUCUUCUUCCCAGCUGCCACUGGCAUUCUGGCCGGGGCCAACAUUUCAGGAGACCUCGCUGACCCACAGAUGGCUAUUCCCAGAGGAACACUUCUGGCCAUAUUGAUCACAGGACUUGUGUACCUUGGAGUUGCUGUUUCGACAGGCUCCUGUGUUGUGAGAGAUGCCACUGGAAAUAUGAAUGACAGCAUCAGUUCACUGCUCACUACGAACUGCACAGACGCUUCUUGCAAAUUUGGCUUUGAUUUCUCUUAUUGUAAAAAACCACACAUCAAAUGCGACUACGGACUGCAUAAUGACUUUCAGAUGAUGAGUCUGGUUUCUGGGUUUGGGCCCGUCAUCUCAGCUGGAAUCUUCUCUGCUACUCUGUCUUCUGCUCUGGCGUCUUUGGUUAGCGCACCAAAGGUGUUUCAGGCUUUAUGUAAGGACAACAUCUAUCCUGGAAUUGGCUUGUUUGCAAAAGGCUAUGGCAAGAACAAUGAGCCCCUCCGUGGUUACAUCUUGACCUUUGGCAUCGCUCUGGCUUUCAUCCUCAUUGCUGAGCUGAACGUCAUUGCUCCCAUCAUCUCCAACUUUUUUUUGGCAUCCUACGCCUUGAUCAACUUCUCUGUGUUCCACGCCUCAUUGGCUAACUCACCAGGCUGGAGGCCGAGCUUCAAAUACUACAACAUGUGGGUUUCUCUUGUUGGAGCCAUUUUGUGCUGUGUUGUGAUGUUUGUCAUCAACUGGUGGGCCGCGCUCCUCACCAAUGUCAUCGUCAUGGGUCUCUACAUCUAUGUCAGCCACAAGAAGCCAGAUGUGAACUGGGGCUCAUCGACCCAGGCUCUGAUGUACCACCAGGCCCUGAGCCACACUCUGCACCUCAGCGCGGUGGAGGACCACAUCAAGAACUUCAGACCACAGUGUUUGGUGAUGACCGGUUACCCCAACUCGCGCCCUGCUCUUCUCGACCUGGUGCACAGCUUCACCAAGAAUGUUGGCCUGAUGGUCUGUGGCCAUGUCCGCAUGGGCUACAGAAGACCAAACUUCAAAGAUUUGGUGACUGACCAGGCUCGGUACCAGCGAUGGCUGCUGAAGCACGAAGCGAAGGCCUUCUACACGCCAGUGUUCGCCGAAGACAUGAGGCAGGGCACCCAGUAUCUGCUGCAGGCUGCUGGCCUGGGCCGCCUCAAGCCAAACACCUUGGUGCUGGGCUUCAAGAAUGACUGGCGGGAUGGUGACAUGAUGAAUGUGGAGGUUUACAUCAGCAUGAUCCAUGAUGCUUUUGAUUUCCAGUAUGGAGCCGCAGUCCUGCGAUUAAAAGAGGGACUAGAUGUUUCGCACAUCCAAGGACAAGAUGAGCUGCUGUCCUCCCAGGAGAAGUCGUCAGGAACCAAAGAUGUGGUUGUUUCCAUAGAUACCAGUAAAGACUCAGACGCAGACUCGUCUAAGCAGUCAUCCAAGGCCACCAGUCUGCAGAACAGUCCGGCCGUACAGAAAGAUGAAGAUGAUGAUGGCAAAGCUCCGACUCAGCCGCUGUUGAAAAAAGACAAGAAGAGCCCCACUGUUCCGCUGAAUGUGUCGGACCAGAGGCUGCUGGAGGCCAGCCAGCAGUUUCAGAAGAAACAGGGGAAAGGCACAGUGGAUGUCUGGUGGCUGUUUGAUGAUGGAGGUCUGACCUUGCUGAUCCCCUACCUGCUGACCAACAAGAAGAGAUGGAAGGAGUGCAAGAUCCGCGUCUUCAUAGGAGGAAAGAUCAACAGGAUUGAUCACGACCGUCGAGCGAUGGCUGCACUGUUGACCAAGUUCAGGAUAGACUUCUCAGAUAUUACUGUGCUGGGAGACAUAAACACAAAGCCCAAGAAGGAGCACAUGGCAGCCUUCGAGGAGAUGAUUGAACCAUACCGGCUGAAGGAGGACGACAUGGACCAGGAGGUGGCUGAGAGGCUAAAGAACAGUGAGCCGUGGCGGAUUACCGACAAUGAGUUGGAACUCUAUCGCGCUAAGACUAAUCGACAGAUCAGACUCAACGAGCUGCUGCAGGAGCACUCGAGCACCGCCAACCUCAUCGUCAUGAGUCUGCCUCUGGCCAGGAAGGGUGUGGUGUCCAGUGCUCUCUACAUGGCCUGGCUGGAGGCGCUAUCCAAGGACCUGCCACCAAUCCUGCUGGUGCGCGGAAACCACCAGAGUGUCCUCACCUUCUACUCUUAGACACACAUGUAGAAGAACAUGCUCACAUCCACCAUCUGUGUCUGGGAACAGACCCGAUAUUCACCACCCAGUUCAGCCCAAACCCAAAGGUGCACAACAUACACUCCAGUGCCGAUUUAAAAAAUAAAUAAAUAAAUACAAUAUACAAACGCAGCCAUUACUGAAAGUGCUGAUGAAGAUGGAAGAAGUGAUAUCGGUUGAGACGUGUACACCUCACAAGUGAUGGCGGAAGGUCGGAUGUUUGGGGAAGGUUCUUCCUCCACCCCAGCUUGUCCGGGUUUCUUCCUCUUGCAGCUCUUCUUAUAAUUUCCUCUCAAAAAGUCAUUUUUAAGAAGUUGAUUUCUCUCAGGCUCAAAGGCGCUUAUGUUCUUAGUAUCGCUCUCACUAUAUGAUGUCAUACGUGUUCAUUUGGAGCAGAUUUCAUUUGCACUGCAGCAAUAAUCACCUUGUGUUGUUUUUCCUUAAAUAUUGUGAUCAAAUGAUUUGCAAACACCUUCUAAAGCCUUAUAGAUGUGCCUUCCACUUGAAUUCAAUUAAAUUAUUGAUCUUUAUUCAGACUGACAAUAUUGCCUGUCUGUUAGUGGGUAUUAAUUAGUUUUACUGACUUUAAAUGUGACUCAUUCUGUGUUGGAGCGGUGUAUUAAUGCGGGUGGAGUGCAUCAAUUUAAUUAAGAAAGGGUGUCAAAUUUGAUUGCAUUACUGUCAUUUCUCUUUUUUUGUAGCAUUUUUAUUUCUAUUCUCUUUUGUCUUCCAUUUUAAUCCUCAAAGACAGAUUUUGGCUCUCAGCCCUAGCUGAACGCUGACUAAAAAUGUAGAGAACGGUCUUACUUUGAAAAUUUUGUUGCUGAUUUUGAUGUGAAGUCUUUUUCCCCUCUUCUUCUUAUGAUCUGCGUUAUCAGGUGAAGACUAGCUGCCCUGUAGCUACAGAUGGACAUUUGUUUGUUGCGUCCACACGUAGUUUAAGUUUUGUCCCUGAAAACGAUCCAUGCUUGAGUUGAGAUCUUGCCUUAAUAAUAGAACAAACGAUUGUCACGAGUUUCUUUGCUCUUAUAAGCCAUACUGGCUAGACGAUUGCGUGCCGCUCUGGGUCAGUGCACAUAGUGACCUGUCAGUACAAAGUUACAAAACUUACUUUUUAUGUACUGUAUACACAUUGUAAUUCCUUUCCAUUUACACUUCCACUGGUUUGUUACUUUGGCGGUUAUUUGUUGCAUGUAGAUGGUUCACCUGAUCCAUGCUGCGUUUUGUGCUUGUGCACGUCUGUCUGGCUGUUUGUCCAGCAUCUGGGUGUAUGAAGGACUGCCGGUCUCCUAUUGAUGUGAAGUUAGGAUGGGCAAGAUAAAUAAAUGUAGGCAGUCGAGCUUGCGCGCUGGACAGCAGUGACAUUAGAAUGUGGAGUAAUAUGAAUGAAGAUAUACCUCUAUGCAGAUGAGCUUGUGUUCUAUAAGUACAUCUAAUAAAACUAUUGCCCCUCCAUGUGAGGGGA